CCCCCCCCCCCCCCCCCAAAAAAAAAAAAAAAAAAAGCAAUUCCACCCCUGAAUUUUCAUUCUUCCUCAAAUGGAUAGUUGGUCUACAUCUGUCGACGUUGAUUUCGAAUUUGAGACUCUUGUACUUCGAAUGAACCCACCAAGGGUUACUGUUGAUAAUGUUUCAGACAAGAAGGGCACUUUGAUCAAGGUUGAUAGUAUGAAUAAGCGAGGAAGUUUGCUAGAGGUUGUUCAAGUUUUGACUGAUUUAAAUCUUAUAAUUAAGCGAGCUUACAUUUCUUCAGAUGGGGAAUGGUUCAUGGAUGUAUUUCAUGUUACCGAUCAAUAUGGAAAUAAGGUCUCCGAAGAUAACUUUUCUGAACGCAUUCAGCAGUCACUGGGACCAAAGGGACGCAGUUUCCGGUCCUUGAAGAGAUCUGUGGGUGUUCAGGCUGCCGUGGAACAUACAACCAUUGAAUUGACCGGAAAAGACCGACCAGGCUUGCUUUCGGAUGUUUUCGCUGUUCUUACUGACCUGAAAUGUAAUGUGGUGGCUGCAGAAGUAUGGACACACAAUUCAAGAAUGGCCUCAGUUGUAUACAUUACUGAUGAAACAAAUGGGUUGGCAAUAAAUGAUCCUGAUAGACUUGCUAAGAUCAAGCAGCUUCUUCUGUACGUUCUGAAAGGGGAUAGAGAUAAGCGGAGCCCCAACACUGCUGUUUCUGUUGGUUCCACUCACACUGAAAGGAGGUUGCAUCAAAUGAUGUACGCUGAUCGUGACUAUGAUACAGAUGGUAUGGGUUGUGUGUCCACCAGUGGCCGGAGCAACCCCCUUGUGACUGUGGAAAAUUGUGCUGAUAAAGGGUACACUCUUGUGAAUUUGAGGUGUCCAGACCGGCCUAAGCUGCUCUUUGAUACAGUAUGCACACUGACAGAUAUGCAGUAUGUAGUAUUCCAUGGAACCAUUAUUGCUGAAGGACCAGAGGCUCAUCAGGAGUACUACAUCAGGCAUAUGGACGGAGGCCCAAUUAGUUCUGAAGCAGAGAGGCAACGUGUGAUUCAUUGCUUGGAAGCGGCUAUCAAGAGGCGAACUUCUGAGGGCCUAAGACUAGAAUUGUGCGGUGAAGAUAGGGUCGGUCUUCUAUCCGAUGUAACUCGCAUAUUUAGAGAGAAUGGUCUUUCAGUCACCCGGGCUGAGGUCUCGACCAGGGGCUCUCAAGCUGCAAAUGUUUUUUAUGUGACUGAUGCAUCCGGUUGUCCAGUUAAAACUGAAACUAUUGAGGCAGUCCGAAAAGAAAUAGGCCUGACAAUACUUCAUGUAAAAGAUGAUGACUACUUAAAUUCACCACCCCUGCAGACAGGGAAGUUCUCUCUGGGUAAUCUCUUCAGAUCAAGGUCCGAGAAAGUCCUGUACAACUUGGGUUUAAUAAGGUCAUUAUAAGCUUUAGAAUAUUGCAAAACAUCUGUUCAACCCCUUGUUGAUCUUGGUUGAGGCCUUAAUUCUACAUUUUGUUUUAACUUGUAAAGCUUAAUCUAAAACUGUACAUUAUUAGUCUUGCUGUCUCCAGUUUUGAAGGCUGCCGUAAAUACAUCCUUCCAUGCCUCACAACUGCAGAAUCUUGACUUCCAAUUUCUUUCUUUGUUGUGGUACAAAGGGUGCUGUGAAUACAUGUAGCAGU